AUGGGCUUGCCCACCCUGCAGCUGCUGCUGCCCGUCGUGCCUGGGCGUCCCGAUGUUCCAAUUUGGGCCUUCACCCUUGGUGCCCAGGAAAAGAGGCCCAGUGUCCGGGUGUCCCAGUGCAAGCUGCUGGCAAAUCUAAAGGCCCCGGGCAAGGCCCUGCCCCUCAGUGGGCCCCUGUUGCUAUGUGACUGGGCUGGGGCUGCGUCUUGUUCUCCAGGGGCCUCCCACCACCAUGGCCCAAGGGGCUGGCGACAAAAGAAGGACUGCAAUCGAGGCUGCGGUGGCCGCAGCAUCCCAGACGCCACAGGCCGUGGGCGGAGAAGGCCUGGAAGCAGGCGAGGGCACGGGCAUGGGCCUGCGGACCCAGGCACCACGGAGCAGGCCAUGCCCUCCCUGCCAGCCUCAUGCCUCCUGGCCCAGGCGGCCAUCGCCUGUGGCAAUGCCAAGAUGAAACACAUCCCUGCCCUGACCGACCCUGGCCUGACCACGCUCUACCUGGCAGAGAAUGAAAUUGCCAAGAUCCCGGCCCACACGUUCCUGGGACUGCCCAACCUGGAGUGGCUGGACCUGAGCAAGAACAAGCUGGAUGCCCGAGGCCUGCACCCCAGUGCCUUCAAGAAUCUGACGCGACUAAAGCGGCUGAACCUGGAUGGAAACCGGCUGUCCACAGUGCCGGCCUUGCCCGCCUCCCUGCAGGAGCUCAAGCUCAACGACAACCACCUGCAGGGCCUGCAGCACAGCAGCUUCCACGGGCUCAGCCAGCUGCUGACGCUGGAGGUGGAAGGGAACCAGCUGCAUGAUGGGAACAUCUCCCCCCUGGCCUUCCGGUCCCUGGGCAGCUUGCUGUACCUGAGGCUGGACCGGAACCGGCUGCGAACCAUCCCGCCAGGCCUACCAGCCUCCCUGCAGGAGCUGCACCUGGGUGCCAACGUCAUCGAGGAGGUGACAGAACGCACGCUGAACCGCAGCUGCAGCCUCAGUGUGCUGGUGCUGAGUAACAACCGGCUCCAGGAGGACCGGCUGGCGCCCCGAGCUUGGAUCGACCUGCCGAAGCUGGAGACCCUCGACCUGUCCCACAACCGACUUGUGCAUGUCCCCUCUUUCCUGCCGCGGGGCCUCCGGCGCCUGCUGCUGCACCACAACCACAUUGAGCGCAUCCCCGGCUACGUGUUCGCACACAUGAAGCCGGGCCUGGAGUUCCUGCACCUGUCCUACAACAGCCUGCGUGCCGACGGCAUCCAUGACGUGUCCUUCUGGGGCCUGCGCACCUCCCUGGCGGAACUGCUCCUGGAUCACAACCAGCUGCAGGCCAUCCCGCGAGGCCUGCUGAGCCUCAAGGGGCUGCAGGUGCUGCGUCUGAGCCACAACAAGAUCAGACACGUGCCCCUGAAUUCCAUCUGUGACACUCGAGCGGCCCAGGACUCCAACCUCAUCUCCACGCACCUAGAGAACAACUUCAUCGAUAGGCGCCGCAUCCCACCCACCGCCUUUUCCUGCAUCCGGGCCUACCACAGUGUGGUCCUCCAGCCCCAGCAGGGGGAGGGGGAAAGCUCCUAG